GCCAUUGGCACGCGGGAAGCGUUCCUGCGGGCUGCAUGGCGGAUGAGUUGCCCGAUGCUGACACACUGAGAAUCCUGGUCCUCACAGACACUCAUGUGGGCUACAGUGAAAAGGACAAGGUCAGAGGGAAGGAUGCCAUGGAUUCCUUGGAGGAGGCCUUACAGGUGGGCAAGUCGAGCAAGGCAGAUCUCAUCCUCCAUGGUGGUGACCUCUUUCAUGACAACAAGCCAUCCAGGGGCUGCCUCUAUCGAACCAUGGACCUCCUUCGCCAAUACACGUUGGGCUCUGGAGAGGUGGCCUUCGAGGUGGUGAGCGAUCCAGCAGUUAGUUUCUCCAGAGGAAUGGUGAAUUACCAAGAUCCAAACAUGAACGUGGAGUGCCCUUUCUUCAUGAUCCACGGGAACCACGAUGAUCCUGGCGGUGAAAGUAAUCUCUGCGCUGCAAACCUCUUAGAGGUUGCAGGCCUGUGCAACUACUUUGGCCGUCACGAAGAUUUAGAGGACAUCGUGAUUCGACCAUUGCUGCUCAGCAAGGGUAGAUCUCAAGUGGCCAUCUAUGGCUUGGGGAACAUCCGAGAUGAACGACUUCAUAGAGCCUUUCAGGCGCGAAAAGUUCGCUUUGAGACUCCUGUCGAUCCGGACAAGUGGUUCCAUGUGAUGAUCCUCCACCAGAAUAGGCACAAAGGCAGCAAGGGCGGGGUCCCCAGCAAGGCGUGCAUUCACGAGGAGAUGUUGCCAUCCUUCCUGGAUCUGGUGAUUUGGGGCCACGAACAUGAUUGCCAAGUGAAACCACAGGAGUCCCUGCGUGGUGAGUUCUAUGUUAUCCAACCUGGAUCAUCGGUAGCUACAUCGCUGACGCCCGGGGAAGCUGGGCUGAAGCAUGUUGCAUUGAUCGACCUCAAGCAAGGCGUCUUUAGGUGUAAUCCUGUGCCACUCUGGACAGUGAGACCUUUAGUCAUGAGAGACAUCGUCCUCUCAGAGACGGGACUCCUGAAGACAGAUACACAGGCCUGGACGCAUAGGACAGGCAGUAUAGCAAGCAGCUUAGCAAGCAUGGCAUGGGCAGGGAUUGUAGCUGAUGCUUUCGUGACGAUUCGUGACAGCAUCACCAGUCAGCUGUGUCAAUUUUCGGGCUCAGUCCAGAAGCAAUUCCAUGAAUUGGAUAUCAUUUACCCCGCCGAUUCAAGCAGCUUUGUUGUGUGA